GCCAUAAAAGCAUCGAACGGAGGGGGAGGGGGAGAGGAAGGACAUUAUAAAAAGGGGGCAAGAGCUCUCGUGGAAAUUUAUAAUUCAGAAAUGCUGAGGAAGCUUGACAGGACUUGGCUUCACUAAAACACACGAGCAAGUUGUCUGUUUUAUUGGUUGUAUGUUGCUCGCUUUCAAGGACUGGGUUUUGGAGCGUUCGCGCACGAAAGUUUGGAUUUUGUUGUUCCGUUCUUGGUGGGAGUUUUAGCUUUUUCCUUCUUUCGGGGGCUUUUUGAAUUGUGGGAGAGGCCAAUGACUGUGGAGGACAAGAAGAGUGGCGUCCUGAACGAGGAUGGGAAGGACCCGUUCCCGGUCGGGAUGCGAGUUCUGGCCGUUGAUGACGAUGCGUCUUGCCUCAAAGUGUUGGAGGGUAUGCUUCGGAAGUGCAGAUAUCAAGUUACUACGACCAGUGAAGCAACCGUGGCGCUGAAAAUGCUGAGGGAUAAAAGGAACAGGUUUGACCUGGUGAUUAGCGAUGUGAACAUGCCUGACAUGGAUGGUUUUAAGCUUCUAGAGCUUGUGGGUCUUGAAAUGGAUCUGCCUGUCAUCAUGUUGUCUGGGCAUGGUGAUACUGAACUUGUGAUGAAGGGGAUCACUCAUGGUGCUUGUGACUAUUUGUUGAAACCCGCCAGAAUGGAGGAGCUCAAGAACAUAUGGCAACACGUAGUGAGGAGAAAAAAUAUUGAACCAAAGGAGAGAAGCAAAUUUGCCAAUGUAGUUAAGCCUUUGGAUGGAUCUGGGGCUGGUGAGCAAGGACCUGCAUCAACAUGUAAUGUUGAUCCGAAUGGAAAGCCCAACAAGAAGAGGAAGGACCUGACAGAUGACGAGGAAGAAGACAGUGAAGAGAAUGGACACGAGAUUGAUGACCAGUCGAACCAAAAAAAGCCUCGAGUUGUUUGGUCUGUUGAUCUGCAUCGCAAGUUUGUUUCAGCUGUUGAACAAUUAGGAUAUGACAAGGCUGUCCCUAAGAAAAUUCUGGACUUGAUGAAUGUUGAAGGCAUUACAAGGGAAAAUGUGGCUAGUCACCUACAGAAAUAUCGGCUUUACCUGAAAAGACUCAAUACCAACGGGGCAAGCCAGGCUGCAUUUGGAGAUUUUCAUGCAUUAGCUGGUUCAGGAAGGCUUUCUAGCACAUCUCUAUCCUCUUAUGCUGCAGGCGGGAUGCUAGGUAGGCUAAGCACACCAACUAGUUUAGGGUUUAGGGGGAUCACAUCCUCUGCAGCGUAUCGGACAAACCAUAUUCAAAAAUUUAGCAGCUCAGUCAAUGCUGUUGGUGCCCGGACUGCCAAUCCAUUUCAAGGAAUUCCGACAUGUUUGGAGCUUAACCAGUUGCAGCAGGGAAAUGUAAAGACCCCUGUAGGAGAGUUCAAUAUCGAUACAACAAAUGCUAGUGUUGCCACUAACCUCUCAGAUACCAGGGCAGUGACUGGUGUCUCGAGCAAUUCUCUAUACGUUCCAAGAAGCAAUCAGGCUUUCUUGCGGGGGAAUCAGGCACAAACCCAAGACAUUGGAGGUUUUGUAUCCGGACCCAGUUUUGUUGACAAAUGUAGGUCAAAUGAUAUGUGGCAUGCUUCCAUGCAGUCAUCCAGUUUUCCUUCUUCAAAUCCUCUGCCACUGACGGGGACAAUGAAUCUCGAUCAAAGGUCAAUGGGCAGUUCUUUGGCUACCUCACAAUUACAUGAAGGCCGAAUUGACUUCUUGUCAACUGGCGCAGUGGCAGGAACUAUGGAUGAAUAUAGAAGUGACAUUCAGUGUGAGGCGGGGUUGGUCAAUACUGUGCAGAUUGUGAAUUUUGGACAAGCCCAAAGAUGGGAAGAACAAUCCCAGAAUUACAAACAAAAUCCGAGUCAAAAUAGUGCAAUGAACUGUCUUGUUCCUGCUAGUGGUUCUUCUGGUUCCAUCAGCCAUAUUAUGGGGCAAACUAAUGCACACUGCAGUCCAAAUGCUGAAGUUUCUCUGUCUAGCCUACUAAAUUCAGGUGCUCGGUCUGCUGUUUGCCAUGCCGAAGUUGAUAUAUCUUCUAUGGACUCAAUCAUAACAUCUGGUGACAACAACCCCUUUGAGCAAACAAAGGUGCAGGAUUGUAUCUUUGAAGCUAGUUACGAGUCAUUGGAUGAGCUAAUGAAUGCCAUCAAGCGUGACCACAAUGGAACGCCGCUGAUGGAUGCAGAUUUGGGAUUUGACCCCUAUCCACUUGGGUCAUGCAUAUGAGAAUUCUCCGCUGCGAAUUUUCUGAAGAGCUCUCAUCGUGCUGUAAUUUAGUUCUUUUUCUUCUUUUUUUCCUGAGUAUAGUUUUUUCUUCUGAGUCGUCAUUGUCUAGAUGCCUGUUAUGAGUUCUGCUAAUCGCAGUUCUUCUUCAUUCAUAUUGUUUGAUCUCUGCCUUGUUCAUACCAUAAUAAUGGCACUAGAAACUUGCAAUGUUAUGUUUCCAUAUGAUCAAUCUCCUUCCGCUUCUUUGCUGAUAUGAUUGAGACAAUGCACAUAAUGAUAGUUUAAUUCGGCAUUGAGUUA